AUGCGCACCGCAGCAACAUCUCUCCUUGCUGGCCUCGCCGGCCUUGCUGGCAUCGCUCACGCUCAGUCCAAGCCCAUUGACCUCAUAGUUGAGAAGCUCGGGUGUGAGGGGUACGUAAACACGACGGUGAAGUGGACACCAUACGAUACUGGCUUGACAUUCGAGGAUCCCGGGUUGCUGUCCAAGGUUUCAGGGCUGUACAUUGAACAGGAAGACAUCAGUGAAUACACUUUUUUCUGCUUUGCAUACAAGCCCGAUGGGACAGCUUACAACAAGGAGGCGUUCUGGAUUAACCACCCACUGAUACUCGCAGCUGGCAACGUCGUGGUUCAGUACAUCCACUGCUUGACUGAAUGA